UUUUGUAUGUAAUGGCAGCAUACACAUUGGCCACGCUUGCCUUAUAAAAAUAGUUAUUGUUGUUUUUUCCCCCUCCUUGGUUUGAAUAAACUGUAGUCAUGCCGGGCAGACAAAGCAACAAAUUACCCAACAACUUACCGCAGCUCCAGAAUCUCAUAAAGAGAGACCCGCAGUCAUAUGUCGAUGAGUUUCUCCAGCAGUACCGCCAUUAUGAGUCCAAUGUGGAGAUCUUCAAGCUGCAGCCUGACAAAGCCAACAAGGACUUGGCGGAGCUGGUCAUGUUCCUGUCUCAGGUGGCUCACUGCUACACGCAGCAGCUGUCCACGUUUCCUCGGGACGUGUCUGAGUUACUAAGGAGCUACCACACCAUCAUAGAGCCAGAGCUGCGAAUGACUUUCUGCAAGGCGCUGAUUCUUCUGCGGAAUAAGGAUCUGAUCGACCCCACAGUCCUCCUGGAGCUCUUCUUUGAGCUGCUGCGGUGUCAUGAUAAACUUCUCAGGAAGACUCUUUACACACACAUCGUGACAGAUAUCAAAAACAUCAACGCAAGGCACAAAAACAACAAGAUCAACACAAUCCUACAGAACUUUAUGUACACAAUGCUGAGAGACAGUAACCCCAUAGCAGCAAAGAUCUCCUUAGAUGUCAUGGCUGAGCUUUACAAGAGGAACAUAUGGAAUGACGCCAAAACGGUUAAUGUCAUUACAACAGCAUGCUUCUCCAAGGUGACAAAGAUUCUUGUUGGAGGCCUAAAGUUCUUUUUGGGAAAAGACGAAGACGAAAAAAACGAGAGUGAUUCGGAAUCUGAGAACGAAGGAACGUCUGCAAGAGACCUGAUGGUGAAAUACUCGACAGGCAAAAAAACCACCAAAAACAAGAAGAAGAUGGAAAAAGCGAUGAAAGUCCUCAAGAAACAUAAAAAAAAGAAGAAGCCUGAAGUCUUCAAUUUUUCGGCGAUCCACCUCAUUCACGAUCCUCAAGAUUUCUCAGAGAAGCUCUUGAAGCAGCUGGAAAGCUCCAAGGAGCGCUUUGAGGUGAAGAUUAUGAUGAUGGAGCUCAUCUCUCGUCUGGUUGGAAUCCAUGAGCUCUUCCUCUUCAAUUUCUACCCCUUCAUCCAGAGGUUUCUGCAGCCGCAUCAGAGAGAGGUUACAAAGAUUCUGCUGUGUGCCGCCCAAGCUUCACACCAGCUGGUUCCACCUGAGGUCAUUGAACCUGUGAUCAUGACUAUUGCCAACAACUUUGUGACUGACAGGAACUCUGGGGAGGUCAUGACUGUCGGCAUCAACGCCAUCAGAGAGGUGGCAGGUCGCUGCCCGCUCGCCAUCAAUGAGGACCUACUGCAGGACUUGGCUCAGUACAAAACCCACAAGGACAAGAAUGUAAUGAUGUCUGCCAGAGGAUUGAUUCAACUGUUCAGAAAUCUCAAUCCACAGUUGCUGCACAAAAAGGACAGGGGGAGGCCCACAGAGGCCUCCACAGAGGCCAAAAUAAAAGACUAUGGAGAGCUUGAGGCUAAAGACUACAUUCCUGGAGCUGAGGUCCUGGAGGUGGAGGAGGAAAACAAAGAGGAAGAGGGAGAUGAAGAUGGUUGGGAGAGUGCUAGCAUCAGUGAUGAGGACGAGGACGGAGAGUGGGUUGAUGUUCACCACUCAUCUGAUGAAGACGCAGGCGAAGUGGCUGAGAAACUCCAGAGUAUACCAGCUGAAGAGAGAAAAGCGAAGGCAGCGGCGGUCAGUGGCAGCCGGCUCCUCACUCAGGACGACUUCAAGAAAAUCCGUCUCGCCCAAAUGUCAAAAGAGGUCAAUGCUGCUCCAGGGAAAGGUCAGAAGAGGAAAAUGGCAGACAGUGACGAUGAAGAGGACAAAGGGGAGCUGCUGACACUGAGACACAUCGAGAAACUGCACAAAAAGCCAAAAUCAGACAAAGAAACCCGACUUGCAACAGCCAUGGCCGGACGAACGGAUCGAAAGGAAUUUAUGAAGAAGCGGACCAAGCUGAACCCGCAUGCCAGCACCAGCAACAAGGAAAAGAGGAGGAAGAAGAACUUCAUGAUGAUGAGACACAGUCAGAAUGUCAGAACAAAAGGCAAACGCUCCUUCAGAGAGAAGCAGCUUGCACUCCAGGCCGCCCUCCUGAAGAAGAAGAAGCAGUACAAGUAGGACAAGCAUGAGACACUCAUCACAGAAAUGUGACUGGGUCAAAUAAUAUUGCACAUCCUUUAAAUGGCAUGUAAACUUACUGUCUUCACGUAUUUUUGUGUGCAAAUGUAUAUUAACAUACACUCUUUUGAAAUAAAUAAUCAUUACUAUUU